GGACAAGUCAAUCUGAACGUUCAGUUAAAACCAUGAUAUGGAGCAAUUCAACCUAACCCGUGGCUUUCCUGGAAAAAUUGGUGGCUCAUUUGGUGGCAUUCAGCACAGAUUUACCUUCAAGCAUAAUGAAAAAUUUUCCCUCGGACUGAAAUCAUUUUCGUUUUUCGGCCCACAUAAAAAAGCUAUUCAACAACUUCUGAAAGAUGGUGGGAUUUCGAGACCUACAUUAACUGAACUCUACUCGCUUUCCGUCCCAUACGUGGUGAGGAUUCAGGUUAAAGAAAGUUUUGCUAAUAGAAGACGAGGAACGAUGGCUACGUUUAUGGAGGAAAUUACAAUUGAAAGAAAUUUGACUUUGGGGGAGAUCAUAGAUGUAGAUUUGAAAAAGGAGAAGGAAUUAAUGAUCGAAACAUUUCCCAUCGUCCCUCCCGGAAUUUGGGUAGAUAUUCUAUUCCAAUUAGACGGACCUCAAACAGAAAUGUUGGAUGCUGAAGAUAAAUGUGUGCUCAACUACAAGGUGAACGGAGAUAAUGGUCGAUCUCUGCAGAUUCACGCACUCUGUUCUUCCGGACAAUUGGCUAGUGUAACAUUUACAGCGAUAUAGCAUUUCCAUAUUUUAACCUUAUUUACCU